GUAUGAGAUGUUAAGUAACUCAUCAACACUAAUUAAUAUUCGAUAAACGAAGUUCCACCACCAUUACAACAGUUUUGUAACCGGUUCCCGUGUGGACGCACGUACGCCACAUCUUUGUCUGAGAUUGUUUUUAAAAAAAAAAAGAAAGUGUCAGUUUAAAUCUUUUGUUUUUUAUUUUUGAAAAUGGAACGAAGUUUAAAAUUGUUUAUGUUACUGCUCGUUAUUAUCCUUUCUAUGGCGAUAACAUCAGAGUCGUCCGUGCCACAACCCAGAGCACCGAAUUUCCAGUAUUUUGAAAGACCGAAGUACCGCUAUCCAUACUACGACGAGAACGGAAAAGGCAAACUGUUGUACGGCUACGGUGGACCGGACUUGUAUCAAUAUAAAUCCUACUCGCCGCUAGAGGGCAUUCAUUAGGCAUUUUUUUUAUUAUAAUCAUAAACCAAUUAUUAGUUGUAUUAUAGGAUAAUUUUAAUAAAAUGUACUAAG